AUGUUGAGAAGUUCAGUUAUAUAUCCUGGAUGCCACGUUGGCUUGCAGCAGUUGGAGGCCCUGGCUGCAGCCAUGCAUGGUUUCUUGGGUCCCAACAAAGUAUAUAAAUUCAUCCAGGAUGAAGCCAACGGGGACUCGUCUCUGGUUUGCUCUAGUUUUCGUCUACUGGAGUGUUUGGACCUGAGCUGCUCUGCUGGGCAGCUGCUGAAUGAGACUGUUCAGGCCCAUCAGAAGGUUCUACAGUCAGGGAGUGGGUCACUAAUCUUUCUGACAGGGGUUUGGAGUAGGGUAGCACUGGAGUGCCUUCAUAAAGGCAUUGAGGUUCCUUGCAUCAUUGCUGCCAUUUCUGAGGGUCUGGAAGUGUGUUUGGAGACAUGUAGACAAAUCGCUGUGCCUAUAGAGGAGACUUUCUACAGAGAAGUAUCCCAGAGAGGCAUGCAUAGCGCUAUAGGUGGUUUACCUCCUGGGCACUGUUCACCUCCCCAACUCAGAACUGGGUUAGAGGGAUCAACUCAAAAUAUAUUGUCUCCAGAGUCUACAAGCACAGUAGAUGGAAAUACCUCAGCUCAUUCCAACAGAGGGAAAACCCCAAUGAAACAAAGAGUCAAACUGAAGCACAGCAGAUAUUUCAGUUCAGAUGACAACAAGACUGAAAGUCCUGCAUCAAGUCAGCAUUCUCACAAAGAGGACUCAAAAAGUUUUGCUAUUUGUCACAUAGCCAAUGCUCUAAGCCACGGGUGUGAAGAUAUGAUGAACUUAGUCUUGAAAGCAAACAGGGUGCAGUCUAGAAAUGGCUCAACUGGUUCCAGUUUUGAAGAUUUUAAUGUUGAUAAACUGGUAACGUGUUUGUUGCCUUUUGUACCUGAGGAGUAUUCAUGUGUGUUCUUAGGGUUUGUUGUUCUCCUUGAUGUUGAGCAGGCAACUCUCCUCAAACAUCUCAAAGAUCGAGAGUUGCGACUUGCUUUGGUGAAAGGUGACCUCAGUGAGAGGUAUCGACACUUAGGCUUCAACACCCCAGAGAAUGUCAGGUAUGUGGCCAAUCUCUCUGACCUGACCGGUUUCAGUGCAGAGGACAAAUGGAUGGAAGGAGUUUUAUCAGCACUUCUCAGACUUGGUGUAGACCUCCUCCUUGUGAAUGGUAUUGUUACCAGGAAACUAAAAGACCACCUGAUUGGUCAUAACAUCCUGGCUAUAGAGAAAGUAAAGGUCUCUGUGCUGAAGGACUUUGCAAUGACUUCCGGAGCUGUUCCUAUUACAUAUGUAACACAACUCAAUGAGCGCUGCAUUGGGACAGGGGUUCAAGUGGCAACAUGGAGAGAAUGCAGGCACAUCCAAAAAAACGACUUUGUAGCGGUCACCAUCAGUGCAAAAAGUAGUACUCUGGUCACUGCAGUUAUCACCAGUUCAGUCCAUGCUAAACUGCAGGCUCUGGAGGACCAGUUCUGGGGCUGCGCUCACAGGCUGGGUCACGCUCUCCGGGACAGAAAAGUUCUGCCUGGCGCCGGGGUAACAGAGCUGCUCUGCACCCAGCGGCUUCACAAACACAUUAAAUCAGAAGAAGGCAGACGGUCUAUAUCAUCCAGUCCAUACCGAAAAACCGUCCUGCAGCUAAUGAUGGAUGGUUGGAUUGACUAUGUCUCCAUGAUUUUGUUUAAUAGCGGUACCUACCAAUCAAAAACAGAUGCAUGGACUGCACUAAGUCAGCAGCUGAGGGACUUGGACAAUGGGCUGCCCCUGUGUGCUGAGGGGUUUUGGGCAUCAGUGAAUGUAAGAGGUGUGAGUGAGGGAGAGGGAGAGAGAGAGCAGGUCAGAGUGUAUGAUAACGUGCGAGUGAAAAUGGAGGUAUGGAAGAGAGCUCUGGAUAUAGUGUGUUUGGUGCUGCAGACAGACACAGAAAUAAUUACAGGAGUAACUCAGGGAGAGACCCAGCACAAUGGACUUGUGUUUCUGUAA